CGCGGCCGGCUCCGCGCCUGAUCGCCCGGUGCAGCGCGGCUCAGCGCGGCGCAACCCGACUGCCUUUCUGCAGCCGAGCGGCCGGAGCUGGUGAGUCCUGGGCCUGGGGACCCGAGGAGGGCUCUGCAGGGAAGCUGCGAGCUGGGCUGGAGAGGUGUCAGCGGCUCCAGUUUUCUGCCUUCAAAGCAUCCCUUUUCAUUUGAAGGGGUCAGGACAAAGAGGUGUGAGCAGGCUUACUGAGCUGGCUGGUCCAUCAUGGCAGAGAAAGUGAACAACUUCCCACCAUUGCCCAAAUUCAUCCCACUGAAGCCAUGUUUCUACCAAGACUUUGAGGCAGACAUCCCUCCCCAGCAUCUCAGCUUGACCAAGCGCCUCUACUACCUCUGGAUGUUGAACAGCGUCACGCUGGCCGUGAACCUGGUGGGCUGUCUCGCGUGGCUGAUCGGAGGCGGGGGAGCCACCAACUUUGGCCUGGCCUUUCUCUGGCUCAUCCUCUUCACACCUUGCUCCUACGUCUGCUGGUUUCGGCCCAUUUACAAGGCCUUCAAGACAGACAGCUCCUUCAGCUUCAUGGCGUUUUUCUUCACCUUCAUGGCCCAGCUGGUCAUCAGCAUCAUCCAGGCUGUAGGAAUUCCAGGCUGGGGUGUCUGCGGCUGGAUUGCCACCAUCUCCUUCUUCGGGACGAACAUCGGCUCAGCUGUGGUGAUGCUCAUUCCCACGGUCAUGUUCACAGUUGUGGCUGUCUUUUCCUUCAUCGCCCUCAGCAUGGUCCAUAAGUUCUACCGGGGUAGCGGAGGCAGCUUCAGCAAAGCUCAGGAGGAAUGGACGACUGGGGCAUGGAAGAACCCACAUGUGCAACAGGCAGCCCAGAACGCAGCCAUGGGGGCUGCACAGGGCGCCAUGAACCAACCGCAGACUCAGUAUUCUGCCACUCCCAACUACACGUACUCCAACGAGAUGUGAGGCAGCCAAGCCCAUCAGGAGGCAGGGCUGGGGGCCAGUGGGACAGGGGGCUCAAGCCACAUCCUCUGUGUGGUGACCAAGCAGGGUUCCCCCUUCCCUUUUCUCCUCCCCAACUUUGUACAAAGAAUCAGAGUUAUAUAUAUAUAUAUAUAUAUAUGUAUACGUAUAUGUAUAUGUCUAUCCCCUGCCCCCCCCCCCCCACCUUUUGGGUCCUGCCCUUGGCACUCCGAGAGCUGCGCACUGCACAAGAAGUGAUUCUGUGCGCUGGCAGCUGAGUCUGUGUCCCCUUGUGAAAUAAUGUACAGUGGAGAUCUCUUGUUUGUGGUGCUAGAUGUAUGUUUAGAACUAAACCAGCUCAUCCAUCCACCCACCCAUCCAUCCAUCCAUCCAUCCAUCCAUCCAUCCAUCCAUCCGGUUGUCCCCUCUGACCCUAGCCCAGGGACUCCAUGGGGCAGGGGGAGGCCUAGCAGAGAGCCUGAUACUUUGUACAGGAUUGUGAGCCUAAACUAUUUCUGCCUUUAGUCCCAUGGGGAAGCAACAGUAUUAGCGUUCGUGGUGAUAGGCAGGUUCUAGGGGAUGAGACCCAGAGGAUGGUCCCUUGCUCCCUGUAGUCCUCCCUCAACCUCCUCCUCCCCUUGUUUCUCCCUCACUGUGAGAUUCUUUGUGCUCAUUUCCCUAGCUGGCUCUCCCGUGAUCUUUUUCCUCCCCGUGUAGCUUUUCCUUGUCUUCCUCCAAGGCUGAGUGUCUCGGUUAUGUCUGCUUUUAAGACUGCCCACAUCCCCCCAAAUCCGUUCCCCAGUUCCAGGAAGCUGACGCGGGAGGCUGAACCAACCCUUAUGUGGAAGGGGCACACGGCUUGGGGAUUCAGAGUCCAUUUGGUACUCGACACCCAGGGAAUGGAAAGGCAGAGCUGGUCUCCUUGGUUCUGAAAGCCCGGCCCGCAGAGGCAGGCUUCUCCUUUUCCCUCUCCUGGCUGCCAUCCCUUUCUGCCCAGUCCCACCGUAACCGUUCUGCAUGUCCUCCUGGUUGUACGAGGCACUUGCAGGUGUAAAGGCAGUGGUGGAUCAGCGGGCAUGCAACUCAUCAUUGGUCCCUGGAGGGGGUGUGGCUGGCCCCAGCCCUAAAGGGCUUCUAGCUUCUCAGAGUGACCACUGGAUUCCUAGAAGGAGUAGCUAUUUUACUUGAGUCUGGCAGAAAGGGUAGAGGUCAGAGGAGAAGUCAACUAGGACCCAUUGAGAGGGUGCCUCACCUCUCCAGUCUCACUUGUCUUUGGCUACAGGACACAUUCUGCAGAGGUGCUCUCAGGCCCAGUUCAAGCUGCAAGCACAAUGUCCUGAAGAACAUUCCUGCUUGGCAGGGAGGAAGGGCAGGAGGGCUCUGCCUUUAGUUUUUAGUUAAGUGGGUUCUGCCCUUCCCUCCUCUCCCAUUCAAGAGAACGACAGGACUUGAUUCCUGGCCUUUCCUUAGUUCUCUUAGAACCCUCAUCUCUCUCUAGACUGAUCUUAGUUCCUGGGACUGCGUCUUUCAAGCAGCGCGUGAGCAUUGUCUGGUAGCAUAUCCCGCUCUGUGUGAGGCCUGAGGUGGGUAGGCCUUACCAAGGAGCAGCUGCCUGUUUCUCAUCUCCUUGCAACAGAAACGCACCUGGGCUAGGGAGACUGGAAAACUAUUCACGUUGGUUUGCCUUGGACCCUAAGACCAGAUUGCAAGCCACCUUGAGCUUUGAUUUUCAGCUUCUUCCCUGUAAGAGAAACAAAGAGUGUCUGGAAAGUUCCCUUCCUAUUACGACUAGGCUUAGUUGAUUCUCUCCCCUGCUGUUUUCUCUAUGGAGAGCAGUUGUCAUAGCUCCUGCUACCCUAAGAGAUUCUAGGGCUAGGCCCUUCCUCCUCCUUUUCCCUUCUCCUGGCUCCCUUUCUCUUAGUCCUCUGGUACUUCCAGGAGGGCUGUGAUCCAGCUGCCAGCCUAGCAUCCACAAGCUGUUGGAUGUUACCCACAGUCAAUUUCCUGUCCUAUCUGCCUUUCCUCUUUCCUGGCUCACACCUAUUGGCCAUGCCUGGCACUGCCCUUGGGAAAGCCUGUUAGCAGUGUCUGGCCCAGCUGCUCAGGCACUGGGAUGCUGCAUCUCCAGGCAACUAUGCACUUUCAUGAGGAGGGGGCCAAGAUGAGAAGUGGGACUGGGCACAGAUAGUUUGCUUGAGGGGUGGGAGAGCCCAGUUGAUGCUGGGGACCCUCCUGUCUGUUGCCAGCCAGUGGCCUGCUUUUGCAUUCUCCUGGUGCCCACUGCCCCUUGUUUCUGAGAGAUACAAACUAUCCCCUCACUGGCAGUUGACCUGCCUGAGCCAGUGUCUGUGUAACUGGAUGAACACAAUAAAGGGGAUAAUUUGACCCUGUC